AUGCUUUUUACUUUAAGAGUGACUGAGGAGGAUUUGACAAUCAUGACAAAGCUCGCUGAAGGACACUUCGAGAAAGUAAUAAUUCUAAAACAGCUUCCACGGAGCACGCUGCUUGUGUUCAGGUGUGGAUAGUGUUAUUUCACCUCGAAAUAAUUUAUUCUUGCCGCAGAUUUUUUCUUUGCACGUUUUCCUGUUAAUGGCACCAUUUUUUAGCAGGGCACUUCCUCUAAUUUCCUUUGUUGACUUUUUGAUGUAUUUUUACUGUAGCAAACUGUCAUAAUUUGUAGAUUUCCUUAAAUUUAACAGACCGAAAUGCAAAUCCUGAAAUUUCUGUACAGCUUUAUUGAUCGUGGACGUUGGACAGAUAAAAAUAUCGGAGCCCUUGAUAAGGAUCAAACCUCACCCACCUCCGCUUCGAUAACCGAUGGGAUGCUUUAAAGAUUCAAGCUUUUUCUUGUAGAACUACAUUCUAUAUCCUUCCCCGGCUUUCCCCUGCCCCCUUCCCCCUCCCCUCUCCCCUAGGCUACUGUUUUGUUUUUACCUUUUUCACUUUUUGAUAGGUUUUUAUGGAAAUACUUCGAAUGCGAGAAAAGAGAUUUCCAGUUAAUCUACCAGUAUUACUAUGGGUCAAAUUUUGGAAAAUUUCAAAGAUUUUCAUUCGCAACCUAUCGGACACCAAUUUUGGACCUUUUUUUGCAGCGCCAUUUCGGGAAUUCACGGCCAUAUAAAGCAUAGUAUAUAGUCUAUGGUCUUUGAGUCAUACGUCCUCAGACAACUCAGAAUUUUUCUUAGUCCCACGCUCGUGACACGACGAAAAACACCUUUCUCUAUUUCUUUACCGAGUUCAAAACAUCUCUUUGAUUCCAUUUACAAACAUGACGCUAUUGAAUUGCUGAUCCUAGCAGUACGCUGGACGCGUGUCAUAUGAACUUCGUAAUAGACCUCGCUCAACGUGUGGCUCAUCAUUGGUGGAGCAUCGGAGUGUGGAAUACGAAGGUCUGAGGUUCGACUCCUCGUGGGAACUCAGAGUUUUUUCUUUGUCCGAUGCUCGUGACUAUACGUAAAACAUCUUUCUCUAUUUCAUUACCGAGCUCUAAACUUACCAUCUCUUAUUUUAUUUACAUACAUGACGCUAUCGCCAUUGCUGAUCCUAACAGUAUGCAGGACGCGUGUCAUAUAAAUUCGUUAUAGACUUCGUUCACUGUUGAGUCUCUAUGGCUCAGUGGUAGAGCAUCGGAAAACGGAAUCCGAAGGUCUGAGGUUCGAUUCCUCUCCCUGAAAGUUUCUAAACAAACCCAAACACAAGAGCCUGCUGCCUCCUAAUCUCUGUCCAUGGUUAGCUGUAAUCAUUCCCUCUUCACAUAAUCAUGCUAACAUUGUGCUCAUUUUAUCUCUUACACUCAUUUGUCACUACUCCGACUCCGACUCUAACUUUCUUGAUGGUGAUGUUUAGGACGACAUCGAAACGUCUAACCGCGUUUAGGGUUGAAAUGUUUUUUAUUAAAGCCUAUUCAGUUAAUUGAUUAAUUUAUCUUUUCCUUUAUUUAUUCAUCUUUUUAUUUAUCUAUUUGUUCAUUCAGUUAUCUGAUGUAGAGAAUUCGGUUUUAAAUCAAAAAUCGUUCCUGAACUAAUCCGUGCUGAUUAUUAACCCUUUGACCCUUAAGAAUGACUAGCAUCUAAUUUCUCCUCACAUUAUUGACCCUGAAUCAAACAUUAAGGUCAUGAGAAAAAAGGAAAUGAUCACCAACUGAAGAAGCUCUUGAUUGUUAAACAAAUUCUCCCUGUCAUCAUCCUAGGAAAUGUAUAGAGAGCAGUAUGGAGAAUAUGCAUCCUGAUGUUAGGAUGUGUAAGGUGAAACGAAGGUGAAUCGUUUGAGCCUGUCACUAAUAAAUUUCUUGUUGUCAUCAGAGCCAUGAGUCUCAGAGCGUGGAUGGUGGAAAGCUACCUGCAGAUUCUUCAGUACCCGUGGCGUGCACCUAA